AUGGCAAAAAAUGGAUUGGCUGAUGCCAAGAACCAUAGAAAUGUCCUCUUUACCAUCUUCAUGGGAUAUGAAAACCAUACUGAAUUCUAUUUCCGUCCCUUCUCAACCUUGCUUGAGACACAGCUGGUCAUUUUCCUUCUCUUUCUGCUCCUCUACGUCCUCAGCCUCUGUGGGAACGCUGCUGUUGUGCUUAUUGUCCAUGUCGACCACUCUCUCCAUAACCCCAUGUAUUUUUUCUUGGGCUUUCUGUUGUCUCUACAGCUGACAAUCCUUAUUUUUCGCUUGCCAUUCUGUGGCCAAAAUGAAAUCAAUCACUUCUUUUGUGAUAUCCCAGUCAUUCUGCAGUUGGCCUGUAGUGACACCCACAUUCACCAAGCUGUUCUCUUCAUAGUUAGUGUUGUAGUCCUCACCAUACCCUUCCUUCUAAUCUGUAUCUCAUAUAUCUUCAUUGCGGUGGCCAUUUUGCAAAUCCGUUCUGCUGAAGGCCAGCAAAAAGCCUUAUCCACGUGCUCCUCCCACUUGAUGGUUGUCCUCUUACAGUACGGCUGUUGCAGUUUCAUAUACUUACGGCCCAACUCUAGCUACUCGCCACAGGAGGGUCGAGUGGUGUCUGUGGUCUACACCUUUGUCACUCCCCUACUGAACCCUCUGAUCUAUAGCAUGAGAAACAAGGAACUGAAAGAGGCACUGAGGAGAGCCUUUCGAAGAAGAGUGUUUUCCCCCAAAAGAGUUUGA